GAUAAGAGUUCUCGCCCACUUCUAACCUGCUGCUUUGAAGCCAGAUAAAUGUUAUCAGCAGUUAAAUAAGUGGGAUGGUUAUUGAAAGUAUUUGGCUGUUUGGGGAUUGAGGGAGGUGGCAGAGCACAGUCCUUGUCCUACAUGAAUAUGCUGUCCUACUCUUGUUUCUCCUUUCAGCUGCAGCUGUGUUCACUAUGGCAUCACAGAAGACCACAAAAAAGGACCUGCUGAAGGCUGAGGAACAGCAGCAAGGGAGUGCUGUCAAUCGAGUCACCAGCUUGCCCUUGCUCAACUCUGCUUUUAACCUGGUCUCAUCUGCCUACAACUAUACCAAGGAGACCCAUCCUUGCCUCAGCGGUGUCUGCAGUGUGGCUGAGACCGUGGCUGCUGUCGCAGUAGGUAGCGUGGUUGGGGGGGCACAGCCCAUCCUGAACCAACUGGAGCCGCAGAUUGCACUUGUAAAUGAAUAUGCCUGUAAAGGACUGGAUCAGCUGGAGGAGAACUUGCCUUUUCUUCAACAGCCAGCAGAUAAGGUAAUCUCAGACACCAAGCAGCUGGUUUCCACCAAAGUGACAUCUGCUAUGGAUGCUGCCUGCGAGGCAAGAGAAGCAAUGGCCAAUAAAGUGACUGAAGCUGUGGACCUCACUAAAAAUGCUGUUGGGGACAGUGUCAAGCUGACCAGGUCAGUGGUCACUUCCACUAUUAACAGUGCGGUGGAGGCUGCUCAUGGUGCCAAGGACCUUGUAACCACCAAGGUGACCGAAGCAGUGGACCUCACAAAACACGUGGUGGAGGACAGCAUUGAACAGACCAAGUCUGCUGUGGCUUCCACUAUUGUCAAUGCUGUGGAGGCUGCCCAGGGUGCCAAGGACCUAGUGACCAGCAAGGUGACCACUAAGGUGACCGAAGCAGUGGAGGCUGCCCAGGGUGCCAAGGACUUAGUGACCAACAAGGUGACCACCAAGGUGACUGAAGCAGUGGAAGCUGCCCAGGGUGCCAAGGACCUGGUGACCACCAAGGUGACUGAAGCAGUGGACCUCAGUAAACACAUGGUGGAGGACAGCAUUGAACAGACCAAGUCUGCUGUAACUUCUACUAUUGUCAAUGCUGUGGAGGCUGCCCAGGGUGCCAAGGACCUAGUGACCAGCAAGGUGACCACCAAGGUAACAGAAGCAGUGGAGGCUGCCCAGGGUGCCAAGGACCUAGUGACCACCAAGGUGACUGAAGCAGUGGACCUCAGUAAACACAUGGUGGAGGACAGCAUUGAACAGACCAAGUCUGCUGUAGCUUCUACUAUUGUCAGUGCUGUGGAGGCUGCCCAGGGUGCUAAGGACCUAGUGACGAACAAGGUGACAGAAGCAGUGGAGGGUGCCAAGGACCUUGUGACUAAUAAGGUGACAGAGGCAGUGGACUUCAGUAAGCAUAUUGUGGAAGACAGUGUUGUACGGACCAAGUCUGCUGUAGCUUCUACUAUUGUCAAUGCUGUGGAGGCUGCCCAGGGUGCCAAGGACCUAGUGACCAACAAGGUGACCGAAGCAGUGGACCUCAGUAAGCACAUGGUAGAAGACAGUGUUGGACGGACCAAGUCUGCUGUUGCUUCUACUAUUAGUGCUGCUGUAGAGGCUGCCCAGGGUGCCAAGGACCUAGUGACCAAUAAGGUGACUGAAGCCAUGGACCUGACCAAAGGGGCUGUUCAAGACAGUGUUGAGAAGACCAAAUCAGCGGUCACUUCCACAGUCAGUACAGCUCUGGAUGCUGCAUAUGGCACCAUUACCAGCAAAAUCAACACAGCCCUGGAGCAGGGCAAAGAGGCCCUCCAGGAGGGUGUGGAAAUGACCAACUCGGUGGUGACCAACAGCAUAAGCAAAGCCAAGGCAGUGAGCCAAGCAGUGGGAGGUGGUGUGGAAGCUGUCCUGGGUAUGUCAGAAGACCUGGUGGAUAACUACCUCCCCAUGACAGAGGAGGAACUAGGUAAACUGGCCACGUCUGAGGGACCCGGGAUGGCUCCUGUGGAGGAGCAGAGGCAGAACAAGAGUUACUUUGUGCGCCUGGGUUCCCUGUCGACCAAAGUGCGGCGCCGAGCCUACCACCUCUCCCUGCACAAACUGCAGCGCCUCAGGCAAAGCACCCAGGAGACUCUCUCCCAGCUCCAGCUGGCAAUAAAACUGGUACAAACCUGCCUUUCCCUCUUUCCUCCUGUCUGUAGCCUUCCUGCCCUGCUGGCCAGAUGGAAGCUCUUCCUACAUGCUCCACCAGCUGCAUGUCACCUCGGCUCCCUCCCUGGGAGGGAAGCACUGGUGCUGCUCUGUGUGUGCUUGCAGUCCAGCUCUUCCUCUCAUUUUUCCUAUCAGAUUGAGUCUGUGAAAGGGGAGGUUGGCCAGAAGCUUCUGGAUGGGCAGGAGAAGCUCUGUCAGCUGUGGCUGGACUGGAGCCUCACCCAACCCAAAGGAAACCAAGUCAGAACUGCCUCCCAAGUAGAGGUAGAGUCACGGACUCUAACUAUGCUGCAUAUCAUCACCCAGCAGCUCCAACCCAUUUAUGAGAACCUGAAAGCCAGCAUCCAAGGCCUGCCCAGCAACAUCCAAGCAGCUGUGCAUCAGGCCACUCGAAAUAUCCACAAGCUCCACAGAUCUUUUGCCAGUGCUGUGUCUUUCCAGGACCUCUCCAGCACCACCCUGACCCGGAGCCAGGACCGGGUGGCAGAAGCCCGAAGGUCCCUAGAUGUGCUCUUUGAGUAUGUAACCCAGAACACUCCUCUCAACUGGGUUGUGGGGCCCUUCAGGGCAGUAGCUACCAUGUCACAGGGGAGCAGAAAGCAGCAGAAGAAAGAUUCGGUGCCUCCAAUAAAAUCACCUGUGCUGGAAAAGGCCACAUCAUCAAAGGAGGGGGCUGAGACCCCGGAAGAACCAAAGGGAGCACACGAGAUCCUAGGGGAAGAGGGUGAAGUGCUGGAGAAGCUGGAAGAGAAGGCAGAGGAAGAUGCAGAGGUGGCACUGGCUGCAAAGGAGGUAAAAACUAAAGCACCAGAGGAGGAUCUCUGAAGAACUCCAGCUCCUGUGGCCAUGGCUCCCUGGCUAGAACAUCACUUGGUCUUUUAAUCAUGUGCCAGAAGUGCCUCCUGCUCCCUCGCUGAGCCUCCAGUGAGAUGUAGUUUGGAAGGAGACUCAAACCCAAGUGGGCUGAUUCCAUACCUUGAUCUGCUAUUCCUUGUAAACCCUGCUGCUGCCCUGAAAGGGAAGAUGGGGCCCUCCCUGUCCUUUUGGCUUCUGAAGUCAGCCCAGGUGCGUGGGAAGGGGUGGCUCUUGCUGAAACAAGCUGUGGGAGAGAAGCAGUGAUUUCCACUUAGUUUUAAUGCUGGAUUUGGGUUUUAUUCAGGCAAGCUGCUCUAGAGGAGGCUGGGCCUGACCUCCUCUGGCAAGUUUUAAACAUCCACGUUCCAGGUUACCUUCCUUUCUGCCUCUUGUGCUUCCAGAGAGGCUCAGCCCCGGAUGGCAG